AUGGCGGAUCUUCCCGAGGACCGCGUCAAGGUGACCGAACUGGAUUUUUGCGGCCCUUUCUAUCACAAGUCGGAAGUUCGGAAUAAGACACCCAUCAAGUGCUACGUCUGCAUUUUUAUCUGCUUUUCCACAAAGGCUGUGCACCUCGAGCUGGUCCAGGAUCUCUCCACUUCGGCGUUCCUUAGCGCAUUGCGGCGUUUUAUACUGAUUCGUGGCAAGCCUGCCCGCAUAUGGUCGGACAAUGCGACUAAUUUUGUUGGCGCUAAGAACGAGUUGGCUGAGCUAAAACGAUUGUUCCUGAAUACCAGCCACCAAGCUGCAAUAGAUGAAUUCUGCUUGACUGACAGCAUCGAAUGGCGAUUUAUUCUUCCUCGCUCUCCCCACUUUGGAGGUCUUUGGGAGGCAGCCGUGAAGACUGCGAAGUAUCACUUCUACCGACCUGUUGGACCUGCAAUACUGCCCGCUGAUGACCUGCGCACUCUCGUUUGCCACAUCGCGGCAAUCAUUAAUUCUCGUCCUUUAGUCUCACUUUCAGAACACCCUGGCGAUCUUGAUGUGUUGACACCGGCGCACUUCUUGGGUACUGCGCCUCUUGCCUUGUUUCCUGAGCUUGACUACCCUAACUUGAACCUCAAUCGGUCGGAUCGUUGGCAGAAAAUUUCGUUUUACCAGCAACUAUUCUGGUCCCGCUGGAAAAAGGAGUAUCUGACGCUUCUUUAA